AUGAACUUGUUUAAUAGUACGAUACGAGAAGAAGCAUCGGCCUCAUCUUAUCACAACCAACAACAUAAACGGCCUAGCAGCAGUACGGAGCUUAUGUUGAUGGAUUCAUCUACUUCUGAUGCAAUGAUUGAAAGAGAACAUAUGUUCGAUAAGGUAGUUACUCCUAGUGAUGUUGGUAAGCUUAAUCGCUUAGUCAUACCCAAACAACACGCGGAGAAGUAUUUCCCUCUCGAUUCAUCUAGUAACGAUAAGGGGGGAUUACUAUUGAAUUUUGAAGAUAGUAAUGGGAAGCCAUGGAGGUUUAGGUAUUCGUAUUGGAAUAGUAGUCAGAGUUAUGUAAUGACUAAAGGAUGGAGCCGUUUUGUGAAGGAGAAGAAACUUGAUGCUGGUGAUAUUGUUUCAUUUCAGCGUGGAGCUGGUGAGUUGUCCAAGCAUCGUCUUUUUAUUGACUGGCGUCGUCGUCCUCAUGAAAACAUAAACAAUCAAUUUAUGAUACCGCACCAAUUUUCUGAUGGGCGGAUCUUUCCUUUACAGUCUUACCCAACAACAUUUUCGCGUAAUUUGCUGGUGGAAGGAGGAAGUAAUUAUUAUAAUCCUUCACAUAGCUAUUACAUGUAUGGAAUUGGUAAUUCCAGUACUAGUCCUUACUAUAGUUUCAACAACAAUACUAGUGUGGCGGUAAAUGCAAUACCUUUCGAUAAUAAUCUGAUGAAAUCAACUGCUCCUCAAGGUUAUACUAGCGUUGUGGAGCCAAGGGUGUUCAAUUCGGUACCAGUGGUUCAAGGUAAAGUGACAGCAAAGCGAUUCAGGCUGUUUGGAGUAAAUAUGGACUACCCAAUGCCCUCUGAAGAAUCAUCGGAAAAAGGCAAGUCAUCCAUGUCCUUUGAUUUGGAUAUCUGA